UUCUUCUCAAAGCAUGAACAUUUUCCGGUUGGCGGGCGAUUUGAGCCACGUCGUCGCCAUCUUCCUCCUCCUCUGGAAGAUCUGGACGACCCGCUCUUGCAAAGGCAUCUCGCUGCGCAGCCAGGGACUCUUUGCGCUCGUUUUCACGCUCCGCUACUUGGACUUGUUCACGACGUACAUUUCGCUGUACAACACGGUCAUGAAGAUUCUGUUCAUCACCUCGUCCUACGGCACCUGCUAUCUGAUUUUCAAAAAGUUCCGCGCGACGUACGACCACAACGUCGAUAACUUCCCGCUCCAAUAUCCCCUGGGCGCCUGUGUUAUCCUCGCUCUCAUUUUCAACCACAGCUGGGAUCCCGUCGAGUUGCUCUGGACUGUCUCCAUCUACCUCGAGUCGGUCGCCAUCAUGCCGCAAUUGUGGAUGAUCCAAAAGACUGGCGAGGCAGAGAGCGUCACUUCACACUACCUCUUUGCUCUUGGUGCAUACCGCGCCUUGUAUCUCCUCAACUGGGUUUACCGCUACUUUGAGGAAGACCACUUUGAUGCCAUCGUCGUGUUCGCCGGCAUCAUUCAGACUGUUCUCUACUGCGACUUUUUCUACCUCUACAUUACAAAGGUUCUCCGAGGGCAACGCUUGAAGAUGCCCAUCUAAAUCUAUUUGCAAGUUAUUUUCGCUUUGUUUUGCCAGUGUGUUUUCGGGCUGCAGGAUUCAACACGAGGCUUGUUUUGUUUUCUCGCCCCUUUUGCGUUUGCUUUUGCUUUUGCUUUUGCUUUUGCUCGGGUGUGCAAAACAACGAUCUUUUGCUUGAAUGUUGUUGUUGUUGUUGUUGUUGUUGUUGUUAAAGUCACAGCCUCUGUUUCAUUGUGUU